GCGAACUACUCAUUCAGUCGGCAAUUUGUCACAAGCGGAAGCGGUCGUCGUCUAGAGAGUUAUCUGCUUCAAGCCUAUCAUCUCGGGUGCGCUCUGUGGGGAUAUUCUUCGCAGACGGAGAUACAUACUAGUUUUAUAAAAAUGAAUUUUGAGUGGGACAUUCUGUACCCAAUUCCGCAAAUUCUGGAGGAGUAUCACUGCCUGAAUACUCCCGGUGAAGUACCAGUUGUUGAAUUUAAAUAUCCCGAAGAUUUGAAGAAUUCAAUUGAUUUUACUAUUGAUAAUGAUGAAAAACACGACCUGUCUACAAUUGAGUCAAUAAUCAAGGAUGUUAUUCGUUAUUCAGUCAAAACUGGUCACAACAACUUCCACAAUCAACUUUUUGCGGGUGUAGAUCCUUACGGGCUGGCCGGAAGCUGGAUCACGGAUGCCCUCAACACCAGCCAAUAUACCUACGAAGUGGGACCAGUUUUCACAUUGAUCGAAGAUGCGUUGAUAAAGAAAUGUUUGGCACUGUUCGGCUUCGAAGACGGAGAUGGCAUUCUUUCGCCAGGAGGCUCAGUGUCAAAUAUGUAUGCCAUGGUUGCUGCAAGAUACAGGGCUUUCCCCGAUGUUAAACGGACUGGUUUGGCCAACCAACCCACGCUUGUAGCUUUUACUUCAGAGGACGCACAUUACAGUCUCAAAAAGGCAGUUCAUUGGCUUGGCAUAGGACUCGACAACUUGAUUGUGGUGAAAACGGAUCCUCAAGGACGUAUGAUUCCAGCCGAGCUGGAGAAAUCAAUCGAAUUGGCCCUUGAAACUGGACGAAGGCCAUUUUUUGUUAAUUCAACCGCGGGUACCACGGUCCUUGGAGCGUUUGAUCCGUUUGAUCAGAUUGCUGAUAUUUGUCAAAAAUAUAAUCUCUGGAUGCAUGUCGACGGGUGCUUAGGAGGUACGGCAGUUCUAUCAAGUCACAAUGCUCAUCUUCUAGCAGGUUCGACCCGAGCGGAUUCAUUCGCUUGGAACCCACACAAAACGUUGGGUGCGCCUCUCCAGAGUUCCGUAUUUAUCCUCAAACAUAAAGGAUUGUUGCACGAGUGCAAUUCUGCCAAUGCGGAUUAUCUGUUUCAACAAGAUAAAUUUUAUGACGUCUCAUAUGAUACCGGAGACAAAAGUGUUCAGUGUGGAAGAAAGGUGGACGCUUUCAAAAUAUGGCUUAUGUUUAAAGCACGUGGAGCAAACGGCUUGCGAUCACUUGUUGACAACGCUUUCGAAUGUGCUCAAUAUUUCAACGAUGAAAUCAGAAAACGGCCUGGGUUCCGGCUAGUUUUGGAGGAGUAUCAGUACACCAACAUAUGUUUCUGGUAUAUUCCCAAGCGGUUACAAGUGGAUUCGAAGAAACAGGAUGCUUCAUGGUGGGCUGAAAUUCAUAAGAUUACGGCUAAAAUUAAAGAAUGUAUGGCGAAACGUGGAUCUAUGCUGAUAGGAUAUGUGCCAUUGCCUCGAAAGAAUUUGGGCAACUUUUUCAGAAUGGUUGUGACCUGCCAUCCAAGGCCAUCUUUUGCCACUAUGAGUGAUGUGAUAGAUGAAAUAGAACAAGUAGGUGAAACACUUUGAAGAUAUAAUCACUUGGAAGAAUAAAAUAAAUUUAAACAGACUA